ACAGCACGAGUGGAAUAAACUGUGAAUUUCUCUGCUUAGGAGAACAUCGGCAGUAACUUAUCUAUUAACACCCGGGAACAGAACUUGAUUUACGAGGAGCUGUAAAAUGGGCACGCGCUACGCGCUUACAUCUGAGUUUUGCGCCUUUAUUAAUGGUGUCUUCCGGCCUGUGGAGUUUAAACAACGGAACAGCCUAUAGUUGAAGUCGUCCGUAUCCCAAAGGCCACUUCGGAUCACCAACGCUUGAGUCAUCCAGCGUCCUCGACUCUCCUUCAGCAAGGCCACCUGCGAACACGGAUACCAGCUUGACCCGCGCCCCCUGUGGCACUCCGUGAGGACGUCUCCACCUUAGCCUAUUUGACUGGGAUACUGUCGGUUAGCUGCUCCCAACGCUAUGGACGAAUUGACUCCUCGCCCGACAUCGUCAUUGCCGGGUACCGGGCUACCUGCUCGGCUCCGUGGUGGCUUCCGGACGUGUGACAUUUGUGGGGUGAGCCGAUAUCUCAGACGCUUGAUAAUGGACUGCGACAUUUGUCUGGAGAAGCUGGACACCACGCAGAGGCGUCCCAAGGCCCUGCCAUGUGGCCACACGACGUGCCUGCUUUGUGUGGGGACAAUGGAUGCACGGGCGUGUCCGCAGUGCAGGCAGGUAUUCGCUGGGCCGGUAGAGUCGCUGCCGGACAACUUUUAUGUGCUGAAAUUGAUUGAAGAAAUUCAACAACUGUGUGCGGACCAGAGGUUGUUGUUAUGGUGCCGCGACUGCAGCAAAGUUGCCUCCGAGCAGUGCGUGGACCUGGGUCACGUGCUCUGCUCUCUGCGAAAGAUGCGCUCUGAGCGGGCGGCGGAACAGCAGCAGUGGCUGGCGGACUGUGCGAGCGUCAUGUGGAGUGCCGUGAAGUCGUUCGAGGACGCGGAGAGGGCGGUGCAGGCCCUGCUCAAGGACUGGCGCUCCGGGCUCCGGCAGGUGGAAGCGGCGCAGAGGGCCCUGCAGGCGGCGGCGGGAGUCGACGACGAUCGGAACGUCGAUGUCGAGUUCCCGCAGGCUCAAUGGGCUCAACUGCUGCGAGAAUUGUCAAGCCUUCUGCAAGGGCUGUGUGUGGAGGUCGAGCCACAGAGUGGUGCCGGCCCACAGUGUGCCAGUCACCUGCUGCAGGACGCUGUGCGCCGAGGGGUAUUGCUCUUCGACUUGCUCAAGUCCUUCAGCCGGGAAGAUGACCUAAGUGAGGUGAAGAAGCUUGAUGGCACUCAAGCGGAGGUCACCUUCAGUCCCGAUGAGUGUCUCGAUUUCACUCAGCUUAGCCCAGUCGACUACAAACAGAAAAUGGACCAUGUGCUGGACUCGCCCGACUUUAACAAGGUCAGGCAGCUCGUUGGGCUGGGCGAGUCCUAUGGGGGGAAGGAACUGCUACUGCUGCACCGUUCCCGCGCGCACGUUGAGCGACUACAGAUUGCGCUGCAGUUCUGUCCAGUGGCAUGCCUCCCGAAGCACUUGGAAGCCAUUCGGCUCAUGCCCGCGCUGCGCCACCUGGAACUAUCCUUCCUUCCGGACGACUCCGCCGUUCCGGAACUGCCGCUGCAGUUGGAAGGCCUGGACUUGAAGAACGUCCACGCGGAGCACCUGCAGCACAUCCAGCGCAUGCCCAGGCUGCGCAAGCUGGCCCUCGACUGGUGCGAAGACCCGCUGGACGUGGCUUUCCCUCCGCUGCCGCCGGGCCACUGCGGCCUGCGCUGGCUGUGGGUGGCCCUGCGUCCCCUGUCCACGGUGCUGUCGCUGGCCAAGGCGCACGCCGCCACGCUGCAAGACCUACGCAUCACGUGUGCCUCAGAGGGCGACACGCCGUGGCAUUUCAAGGACCUGGCCGCGGGGCUGCGGCUGUGCGGGCUGACGGCGCUGCGGAGCGUGGUGCUGCUGCGUGACAUCCCCGACGACGCCGACGACGUGUUGCUCCACGGCAGGGUCUCGUGCAUCAACCAGAGGCGCGCCGUGUGGACCAGCGUCACGCACAGUCUGCUGGCGGUGGCAGACUCUUCCAAGCCCCUGAACGUGCCCAAGGUGUUGUGCGGGGAGUGCGACGAGUACCCUGCCUACCCCGCACGCGGCAUGCCCUGGGAGGACAACUAAGCGUGUGUGGUUGGAGAGUGUCGUGCGGCACGCUUUAUUUCGUGACCGACACGUCGAUGAUUACUAACUUCAUCCAAAGUUGAAAUUAACAGUAACUUCGGGCCCACAACAGCCGUUUCCAUUGUUCAUGUACACUUCGACUUAAGUAGCGAACCGCUGAUUUGCGAUCGGUCGUUGCUACAACAAAACCAUUGGAGGUUUUCAGGCGUGGGAGAGAGAAUCUGUGUUUGCUCUGCACAGAAUAUCUUUCCUCUGCUCUUUAUAACUGUGUUCAAUGACCCCAAAUGGUUUUGUUGGAGCCGCGAUCAAGUUAAAUCACACCGCAGCGCUUGCUGCUCUGGUUGGUCUCUGCCUAUGUACCGCUGGUAUUGUUUAAGUCUGGCUGGAGGUAAAUGUCACGUGUUAGCCAUAGUCGACAGAAAACUACUGUAUCUACUAUGAGUGGACCAUAGUGCCCUUAUGUAAUUUCCAUUAUCACUGUUUCAUCUCUGUCAAUUUUGCGUUUGUCUAACAAAGGCGGUGUGCAGUCAGCAGCACACUCUGAAGUGCAGUUUGCGGUCAAAAGUACUUAGGAUACAGGAAUCACGAUACUUUAAUUAUCAUUAUUUCUUAAAUUUUAUUCGCCCAAUGUAGGUAGUUAUCCAAGAAAUCAUAAACCCUGGGUCUGCGACAGUCACAUUUUGGAGCGCCCAGAAGCGUCCAUGUUCCGUUCUUCAUGAACAUUUACUACUGUGCUGUUUUCAAUGAAAGGCCAAAUAACGUUCUUUGUUUUCAAGCGCUGAGGUGUCCUAAUUUGUUAUGUGCAUUUUAAACAUUUGAAAUUGGAGUGGCUCUUGGAAGAACAAUUCGUCCGGACACGCUAUUAUCUUUCUUGCAUUACUUCACUGAAUAAGAAAAUAUCCAUCUGAAGAACCUUACUUUUACAAGAUGAUCAAUUUUAAUUUUGAUUUGAAGCAUCUUUGGCCAUAAGAAUGUCCGUCGUAUGUUGUUAUGUUGGGAAUAUGUUAUGUUGGGAAUGUGAGGAAACUGAGUGUUCUUUUUCUUCUUCCGCACGUGCUACUUUGGUGAUUAAAGUUAAGUAUUCUAUUAAA